AUGGCUUCUCAAAACACUUUCUCAGACUUCAAAUUGGCUUCUGACCUUUCAGCUUGGAACAAGUUGCAACAAAUCUACAAUAAGAAGGGCAAAUCCAUCGAUGUCAAAAGCGAGUUUGCUAAGGACCCCAAACGGUUUGAAAAAUUGUCCAAGACAUUCACCAACUACGAUGGUUCCAAGAUUUUGUUCGAUUUCUCCAAGAACUUGAUUGACGACGAAGUUUUCGCCGCUUUGAUCGAAUUGGCCAAAGAGGCUAAGGUGGUCGAAUUGCGCGAUGCUAUGUUCGCCGGUGACCAUAUCAACUUCACCGAAGACCGUGCCGUCUACCACGUUGCUCUCAGAAACAGGGCCAACAAGCCCAUGAAGGUUGACGGCAAGAACGUUGCGCCCGAAGUGGACGCCGUGCUAGAGCACAUGAAGGAAUUCUCUGAGCAAGUGCGUUCUGGUGAAUGGAAAGGUUACACGGGUAAGAAGAUCACCGAUGUGGUCAACAUCGGUAUCGGUGGUUCCGACUUGGGUCCUGUUAUGGUCACCGAGGCUCUCAAGCACUACGGCGGCGUUUUGGACGUCCAUUUUGUCUCUAACAUUGACGGUACUCACAUUGCUGAAACUCUAAAGAACCUUAACCCAGAAACUACUUUGUUUUUGAUCGCUUCUAAGACUUUCACCACCGCAGAGACCAUUACAAACGCCACGAGCGCCAAAACUUGGUUUUUGUCCAAGACUGGCGGUGACAAGGCGAACAUUGCUAAGCAUUUUGCUGCUCUCUCCACUAACGAGCAAGAAGUCACCAAAUUCGGUAUCGAUGCUAAAAAUAUGUUUGGUUUCGAAAGCUGGGUCGGUGGCCGUUACUCCGUGUGGUCCGCCAUUGGUCUUUCUGUCGCCCUAUACAUCGGUUUCGACAACUUCGACGCCUUCUUGAAAGGUGCUGAAGCGGUCGACAAGCAUUUCUGCGAGACUCCAUUGGAGGACAACAUUCCAUUGCUAGGUGGGUUGCUUUCUGUGUGGUACAACAACUUUCACGGUGCUCAAACCCACCUUGUUGCUCCAUUCGACCAAUACUUGCACAGAUUCCCUGCCUACUUGCAACAAUUGUCUAUGGAAUCCAACGGUAAGAGCGUCACCAGAGGCAAUGUGUUCUCCAGCUACUCUACCGGGCCUAUUCUUUUCGGUGAACCAGCCACCAACGCCCAACACUCUUUCUUCCAAUUGGUGCAUCAAGGCACUAAGUUAAUUCCAGCUGAUUUCAUCUUGGCUGCUCAAUCCCAUAACCCAAUUGAAAACAACUUGCACCAAAAAAUGUUGGCUUCCAACUUCUUUGCUCAAGCUGAGGCUUUGAUGGUUGGUAAAGACGAACAAAAGGUCAAGAGCGAAGGUGCCACCGGUGGUUUGGUUCCUCACAAAGUCUUCUCCGGUAACAGACCUACCACAUCCAUCUUGGCUCAAAAGAUUACUCCUGCGGCUCUAGGUUCUUUGAUUGCUUAUUACGAACAUCUUACUUUCACCGAAGGUGCCGUCUGGAACAUCAACUCUUUCGACCAAUGGGGUGUCGAGCUCGGCAAGGUCUUGGCCAAGGUCAUUGGCAAAGAAUUGGACGGUUCUAACAAGAUCGAAUCUCACGACGCGUCUACAAAUGGUUUGAUCAACCUUUUCAAAGAGUGGAUUUAA